AUGGCGGCUUUCGCAUCUCGGAAGCUCCUAGGAGCGAUUGGUUUAACAUUCUUAUUUGCGAGCCGAGCAACCGGGCAAGAUACAGGUCAAGAUGCUUUUGAUGUCCUAAAUUACGUUGAUCCGCUUAUUGGAACUUCCAAUGGAGGCAUUUUAGGGCAUUCCUUUGCUGGGGCGACACUGCCAUUUGGUAUGGCAAAAGCGGUAGCAGACACACAGGGGGAGAAUCAAGCUGGCUUUGCAUUUGACACCGAAACUGUUACUGGCUUCUCACAUACCCAUGAUUCCGGGACCGGCGGUUCACCGUCUAUGGGAAAUUUCCCUAUAUUCGCGCAGCCUAAUUGCCCAGACGAUGAUCUCAACAAAUGUAAAUGGCAACAAAACGAUCGCGCAAGCACAUGGGUGCGAGACUCUCCCAAGGCCAGACCAGGCUACUUUAGCAUUGCUUUGGAAAACGGCGUCCAAGCUGAGAUGACGGUGACAAACCAUUCGGCAUUAUACCGAUUUACAUUUAACAAUGCACCCACAGAGUCCCUUAGUCCAGUGAUUCUCGUUGAUCUCAUGGAUCUGCCGCAGUCGCGAAAGGGCGGCAUAGCCUCAGUUGAUUCCUCUGGACGCCUGAGUGGGAACGCCACAUUCAAUCCGAGUUUCGGUGUUGGGUCGUAUGAACUCCAUUUCUGUGUAGACUUCAAGGGCGGCGAUAUUCGCGACACAGGGACAUGGGUUAAAAAUCGAGCUAAUUCCAGUCAGAAGUCUGUCACUCUUACUGAAGACGGGAGCAAUACCCCAGCCACGCUCUCGGCUGGUACCUUUACGAGGUUCCACGCAUUGAAAGACAAUACCCUCACUGCGCGUGUUGGUGUCAGCUUUAUCAGUGUUGAACAGGCUUGUACCAAUGCAGAAACAGAGCAGCCCAGCUUCGAUUUUGCUAAUACAGUGUCUGCGGCUGAGUCCGCGUGGAGGGAUAAAUUGAAUGUAAUAAGCGUUAAUGCUGAAGGCGUCUCGACUGAUUUACAGAAGGUCUUCUGGAGUGGUGCGUACCGAGCCAUGAUUAGCCCGCAGGAUUACACAGGAGAGAAUCCUCUUUGGAAAAGUGAAGAACCAUAUUACGACAGCUUCUAUUGUAUAUGGGAUUCUUACCGUGGAGUGCACCAAUUGCUGACUUUGUUGGAUCCGCUGUCUCAAUCUCGAAUGAUCAGGAGCUUGGUUGACAUUUACCGCCAUGAAGGCUAUUUGCCCGACUGUCGCAUGUCUCUUUGCAAGGGGUACACUCAAGGAGGUUCCAAUGCAGACGUUCUCAUUGCGGAUGCAUUCUUGAAGAAUGUCAGCGAUAUCGAUUGGGACACAGCUUACGAGGCUAUUGUAAAAGAUGCAGAAGUUGAGCCGUCGAAUUGGAAUGUCGAAGGGCGCGGGGGUCUUCGGAGCUGGAAGGGAUUGGGGUAUAUCCCAACGGAUGACUACGAUCCUGACGGUUCUGGGCUACACACGCGUAGUAUUUCAAGGACCGUCGAAUAUGCAUACAAUGACUUCUGCAUUGCCGAGGUGGCUAAGCGAAUGGGCCAUGAAAGCGACUAUGAGAAAUAUCUCAAGCGAGCUUCUAACUGGCAGAACAUGUUCAGGGAGGAUCAGAGAUCGACAAUCAAUGGUGUGGAUACGGGUUUUACGGGUUUCCUGCAGCCUCGCUAUCUGAAUGGGACAUGGGGAUAUCAGGACCCCAUCUUCUGUAGUCCACUGAUGAACUUUACAUCUUGCUAUCUGAACCCAGAUGGGCAUGAAACAUACGAAGGAAGCUCCUGGCUCUAUACAUUUUAUGCACCCCAGGAUAUGAGUCUACUGAUGAAGCGACUGGGCGGCCCUCAACUCUUUACAUCUCGGCUGAACUACCUACACGAUUCGGGUAUACUUUAUGUUGGAGAUGAACAAGCCUUUCUGACUGUUUUCCAAUUCCACUAUGCUGGUCGGCCCGCACUCUCGGCAGCACGUUCCCACUUUUACAUUCCAUCUCAGUUCAAUACAUCGGUCUCUGGAAUCCCCGGAAACGACGACGGUGGAGCGAUGGGCUCAUUCGCUGUGCUAAGCAUGAUGGGCCUCUUUCCAGUUCACGGACAAGAUGUCUACCUGAUCACACCGCCCUUCUUCAAAGAGAUCAGUAUCCGGAACAGCGUUACUGGUGCGGUUGCCACAGUUCGCAACCUCAACUUUGAUCCGAAUUAUAAGGCCAUCUAUAUUCAAAGCGCUAAGCGGGAUGGUAAGCCGUGGACAAAGAACUGGAUAGGCCAUGACUUCUUCAACCAGGGUGGCGUGCUUGAGCUGGAGCUCGGUUUGACGGAAAGUGCUUGGGGGACGCAGAAUGAGGAUCUUCCUCCGAGCAUGAGUGACUACUAA